AUGAAAACGGUUGCUUUGCUUCUUUUGGUGGCCACUUGCGCCUUUGCCAAACCCGAAGGUUACAGUAAAACUGUUUCCCACUCAUCUACCAGCUCUUCCAGUCUUAAAUCUGGCGGUAGUGCUGACCUUCAAGCCUCUGGCACUGUUGCUGGAUUAGGAAGAGGACUUUUGUCUUCUGGUUUGUCUGGUGGAGUCGUCGGUGACUCUGUCACAACCGGAUCUGUCGGUCUCGGAUCUGGAGUUGUCGGCAGUGGAGUCAGCGGUGGACUUGUCAGCGGUGGUGAUGUUGUCUCUACCGGAGUUGUCGGAGACGCUGCCCUCAGCGGUGGUCUCGUCAGCGGUGGAGUCGUCGGAGACGCUGCCCUCAGCGGUGGUCUCGUCAGCGGUGGACUCGUCGGUGGUGACCUCGGAGUUGUAGGAGGCGGUUUGGUUGGUGACUUGGGAGUUACUGGAACCACUGUUGCCUACGAUGGUGGACUCGGUGUCACCGGAGUUUCUGGACUUUCUGGAGUUUCUUACGGAUCUGGAGUCGACCUCGGAGUUACCGGAGUUUCUGGAGUCAGCGGAGUCAGCGGAGUCGGAGUCGGAGUUUCUGCCCUCUCUGGACCAAUCCCAGUCAGCACCCAAGCCCUCGGAGCCGCCGGACCAGCUGUCCCAGUUCAACAAUACGAACUCGGUCACGCCAGACAAGUACAAACCGUUCAACACUUUGACGUCAACAACGUUGUCCCAGUCUCUGGAUACGCUGUCAAGAGUGAAAGAGUUAACGUUCCAGUCCGCAAAUACGUCAGAACCGAAAAAGUUGUUCCAUUGAAAUUCGAAUCUGUUCAACCAGUCCAAACCUACGAAAACUACGCCGUCCGUACCGCUGUCCCAGUCCAAAAAUACUCUGUCCAACGCCAAGAAGUCAACGUUCCAGUCCAAAAAUUGGUUAAAUCCCAAAGCGUUCAACAAUUCAGAGUUGACACCGUCACCCCAGUCAGAGAAGUACAAAGAUUCCAAGUCCAAAAAGUCGUCCCAGUCGUCACCCAACAAGUCAAAACCGAACAAGUCGAAGUCCCAGUACAAAAAUUCGUCAAGAACAGCCACGUCGUCCCAGUCACCGUCGAACGUGUCACCCCAGUCCAACAAGUCCAAAGAGUCAGCGUACAACGUGUCGUCCCACACCAACACUACGAAUACAAAACACACAACGUUAGAUUGCCAGUCCAAAAAUUGGUCAAAUCCCAAAAAGUCGCUCAAGUCAAAGUUUCUGCCGUCACCCCAGUCCCAGGAGUUGAAUCCCACGAAGUCAAACGUGUUGUCCCAGUCCAAUCUUACCAAGUUACCAGAAACCGUGUUGCUUUGCCAGUCAACACCUUCGAUGUUCAAGGACCACUCCCAGUCAACACCGUCAGCCUUAACGGAGGUGGUGUCGGAGUUGGAGUCGGAACUGGAGUCGGAGUCGGAGUUGGAACUGGUGUCGGAGUCGGUGUUUCUGGAUUCGAAUACUCUGGUGUAACUGCUGCCCCAGCCGUCACUGGCAGUUUCUUCAGUACCACUGCUGCCCCAGCCGUCACUGGCAGUUUCUACAGUACCACUGCUGCCCCAGCCGUCACUGGCAGUUUCUACAGUACCACUGCUACCCCAGUCUUCUCUACCACUGGUCUCGUCGGAGGCGGAGUCUCUGAAUACUCUUCUGGAGUUGUCGGAAGCGGUCUCGUUGGAGGUGGUGUUCUCGGAGGUGGUCUCGUAGGAAGCGGACUCGUCGGAAGCGGCGUUCUCGGAAGUGGAGUCGUCGGAGGUGCUUUGUCUAGCGGAGUCGUUGACGGAGGAGUCGUUGGAACUCUCCCAGUUUCCGGAGUUGUUGCUGCCGGACCAGAAGUCGCCGUCGGAGGUGGUGUUCUCGGAGGUGGAGUCGUCGGAUCCGGACUUUCCAGCGGAUUCUCUUCCACCACCGUUGCCCCAUUUGUCGGUGGAUUCUCUUCCACUGUUACCCCAUUCUCUGGUUUCUCUACCACCGUCGCCCCAUUCACCUCUACCUCUCACGGUUUCGGAAGCUCUUUCUCUUCCGGAUUCGGUAGCAGCCUCGGCAACGUGUUCUUGAACAAGAAGAAAUAA